CCAGCAGGUGGCGGUGCUGCUCUGCGGCCACUGGAUAAAAAGUUACGGAAGCUGAGCGGAAACUGGUGGAGAAGCAAAAAUGAAGCGCCUUUAAAGAGAGAUGAUGGGAGAGACAGAAGCUGUGGAGAUUGAUGAUAUUUUAGAUGACUGGUUCAUUGAGUCUUUGAAAUCAUAUAAGGAUCUUCAUGUGUACCAGCUGGAACAUCCCACUCAAAUCAUCGAGUGGACGUCUGGAAAGACCGUUUGUGUUGCUGGAUACAGCUCGGGUAAAAAUGAAAUCUUGGAGCUCCGCCUGCCGCUGAAACUUUUAGCCGAUGAAAAAAAGAGUCUCUGUGCAGAGAGGGACUUCAAAGUUGUCCAUGGCGGUUUCUCAGAAGGCCCAGUUUGCUGCCUCACACACAUUCCAGGAACCAGGUGUGUGGUGACCAACGACGGGUUGACCUCUGACCUGCAGCUGUGGGACCUCGGCGCUGACGACACUGAUGUGAUCAGGAAAACAGGAAGUCUCCAGGGGACGAGCGUUUCUCAGGCCGGCAGCAGGAUCGCAGCGCGACUCUCCUCACCGCCUCAAGUCCUUCAUGGAGCUCAGAGCAGCAGCGUCCAGCUGACCCAGCUCGGCACAGGGCAGACUCUCUAUAGACUCGAGGUCGACUCGACAGAACCUCUGAGCUCCUUAAAGUUUGUGAGUGAGACGGCGUUCCUCGCCAGCUGCUGUGACGGCACCGUUUACCUCGCAGACACUCGGACGUCCGCUCCUCCUCAGGCUUCACCUCCACCCGGGGAAUGCGCCCUAUGGUGGACAGACGCCUCUGCAGCGCCGCAGUGUAGUGUCAUCAGGCUUUCCUCCUCUGGUCAGGCCGUCGUUUCAGACCUCAGGAAUCUGGGAGGAGCCCUGUGUCGGGCUCAGCUGGAUGUCCAGACGUCGCCAAGGAAACCGGAGGAUGUCACAGUGGCGUGGGCUCCAGCAUUGGACGGCUGCUUCUCAGUGUCAGGUCUCAGUGGACUCGUUCAGAUUUACGACUCCGCCGGAUGGAGGGCGGAGCCGCAGGACGCCUCGCCGCUGUUCCAGCACGCCGGUCAUUCGGUUUCCUCGCAGCACGGCGAUGGCUCCGCCCCCGUCUUCAUCACCACCCAUGUCUGGCAUCCCGAGCGGCCGAGGACGGUGCUGUCUGCGGCUUCAGACGGGUCCAUCCACGUUUGGGACUGGGUGGAUCCACAAACAAACUGAGCUUCCAGGAAGUACAGAUCCCUGAUCUGAAGAAAUGUCAUUCAGGAUGAGGAAUGAACGCUGGGUUCAUUUCUGAUGCAGAACACACUGUGUGGAUUUCAGUCCAACCUAUUUCCUCUGUGUGAUGAGAUGAGUUCAUAUUAAUGAAAAAUGCGAUCAGCACUGCCUUUGUAAAUUAAAGAUAGAUUGAAAUGACAGCUGUUCGUGGUAACUCAUUUAAAUCCAGACUGAGGUAUGAUGGAAUAUGUUUAUCCUGCCGCUUUUAUUUCCCGGAUGAAAUGUUUCCACCCAUAGAGGUUGGAAAGCGCUCUGAUUUUUCCAGUACAUAUUUUAGACUCUCCCAGAUCUUCUACCCUAAAUCUCAUUAAAAACACAUUUAUCUCCGAAAUUAAGUCAAUUUAUGCUAUUAAAAGUAAUUUUAUUCCUGAUGAAUGAGGCUUCCACCUACAUUUAUUUUUGUUUUUACAGAAACUUACCAGCAUAACCACUCAAGAUCUGGGCAAAACUCUUCUUGCACCAAACUUUCCAUGAAUGUUCUUUUAAAUCGUUCUGUAUGCUUUUAGAUACGAGUUUUGCUUUUCAGUUGAUGUUGGAAUAAAUGUUGGAUGAGGAAUUC